AUGGCGUCGCCAGGCAGUGAUUCUCCCCGAUCUGACAUUGCCUCGACGCUACCUGCGCUUGCCUCGAAAUCCCUGUCGCACAUUGCCCCGACUCCAGCGACGGCCAGCGCCAACGCGAGUGCCCCACCUCCCCCAUCUGCCUCGACCGUCGGCGCGGCGCUCCUCCGCGAUUAUGCCCUUCAUAUAGAACCCUCCCAGACACACGAGGUUCCUUCGCACGACCCCGCUCAGCAAGCACCUGGCUACGGUAUGUUACCCGCACAGAAGAACGGGCUUCCUCAGGAGGAGGCUGCUGGCUGGUCACUACCCUCCUCGACCAUUCGUCGGUUCCGCCAAAAGUCCAUCUCCGGACCCCGGUCACUAUCUACCGACUGUAUCCCUCGGCAAACCAUCAUGAAGGCAUUGGCUUCACGCCCAUGCCUGACCGCCAAUCCCUCGAACCCCCCAUUCUCAAAUCCCUGGACCGGUCUCAUUGCCAAUGGCACGAGCGAAGCGGCCUCGUCGCCGCCAGACGACAAGGAACGCCGGAGCAGCAAUGCCUCCUCUCAAAAGCUAUCUACAGCGUUAUCCAACCUGCAACUAAGCGGAUAUUUGGAGCGGUCGCCCUCGACAGCACGGUUGAUGCUCCAGUCCCCAUGUUAUUUCCACCAGCGGUUCGACGAUGCCGUGAAUAUCAAAAAGGUGUUAGAGGAGAUUGCAGAUGAUGAGUGGCUAUCACAUUCCCGGCUGGUCCAGACAGCGACGGGCGUCCGUGAGGUUUCAAAACAGUUGCAAAGGCGGCCGAUCAAACGUGCCGUACGAACUAUCAUGAUCGUCACCAAAGCACGAGACAACAGCCUGGUCCAUCUGACACGCGAACUGACAGAGUGGCUGCUUUCAACCCCGCGAUAUGGAAGUGACCUGGGUGUCAAUGUCUAUGUCGAUGCAAAGCUGCAGAAUUCCAAGCGUUUCGACGCCGCGGGUCUCCUCCAAAAGGAACCGCGGUUCGCGCAGAUGCUUCAUUUCUGGACCCCAGAUCUAUGCUGGACGUCGCCAGAGAAAUUUGAUUUAGUGUUGACGCUGGGCGGUGACGGUACUGUCCUCUUCACUUCCUGGCUCUUCCAGCGCGUGGUACCGCCGGUUCUCUGCUUCUCGCUUGGCAGUCUGGGCUUCUUGACGAACUUCGACUUUAACGAAUAUAAAUCACAUCUCAAUGGCGUUAUGGGCGAUAUUGGUAUGCGUGUCAAUCUGCGGAUGCGCUUCACAUGUACCGUGUUCCGGAAAGACCGGAGCAAAAAUGCGGAGGCUGGUGCGGUAGAGGAGGGAGAGCAGUUCGAGGUCCUGAACGAGGUGGUCAUUGAUAGGGGCCCAUCUCCCUACGUGUCGAAUCUGGAAUUAUACGCCGACAACGAAUUGCUAACCGUCGUCCAAGCGGACGGUUGCAUCUUCUCUACUCCAACCGGCUCGACCGCAUACUCCUUGUCCGCUGGCGGCUCCCUUAUGCACCCAUCGAUUCCCGGCAUCCUUCUUACUCCCAUCUGUCCCCACACUCUCUCAUUCCGCCCCAUGGUUCUCUCAGACUCUCACCUCCUCCGCAUUGCUGUCCCUCACGCCUCGCGGUCAACCGCCUACUGCUCCUUCGACGGUAAAGGCCGCGUGGAGCUUCGACAAGGCGACUACGUCACUGUCGAGGCCAGCCAGUAUCCAUUCCCCACUGUUGUCUCUGAUAGCGGCGAGUGGUUCACCAGCGUUCAACGUGCCCUCCGCUGGAAUACUCGCGGUGCCGUCCAAAAAAGCUGGGACGGUGGUGACGGUGUUGGCGAUGCCGAAGAUGACUGGGACAUCGAUACCGAUGCUGGACUCACCGGUACAGACAGUGGGCUUGGCCCCAGUGAAGACGGAGACUCCCUGUCACCAAAUCCCAUGCGCCGCCAGAUGAGCCUGUUGAACAUGUAA